AUGUCAAAAAACUCAUCAACAACUGAUCAAAAAAUGAAAACAAAGUCUACAGAACAAUCUGAGUCUGGAAAGAAAAAAAUUGAUCCGAUAAAAAAUUUUUUUGCUGGUGGUGCUGGAGGAGCUUGUCUUGUUAUUAUUGGACAUCCUCCAGAUACAAUUAAAGUUCGUUUACAAACAAUGCCCAGACCCAAAAAAGGAGAAAAACCUAUAUAUACAGGAGUUUUUGAUUGUGUGAAAAAGUCUGUCAAGAAUGAGGGUUUUUUGUCACUUUAUCGAGGUGUGGGUUCUAUGUUCGUAGGAGUAACACCAACAUCAGCUUUAUCUUUUUUUGGUAAUAGUAUUGGAAAAAAAAUUCAAACACCAUCGAGAGACGAUGGAGAUUAUAGUUUACCACAAUUAUUUUUGGCUGGUUCAGUUGCUGGAAUUACUAAUACAAUUGCUUUAACUCCUGUUGAAAGAGUGAAAUGUUUAUUACAAGCUCAAGAAGCAGCUAAAUUAAAUAAAAAUGUCUCAUCAACUGAAUAUAAUGGAUCAUUUGAUUGUGCUCGACGAUUAUAUAAAAAAGGUGGAAUUCAAAAUUUAUAUCGAGGUGCAGGAAUUACAAUUAUUCGAGGUAUACCUCAAUGGGGUGUUUACUUUUGUACAUAUGAUGGUCUUAUGAGAGUAUUAAGAUCCGAAAAAAAUUCAAAAGAGAAUAUAAGUGCAUGGAGAACAAUCUUAGCUGGUGGUACAGCUGGAUUAUUCAGUUGGCUUAUAGGUAUGCCAGCUGAUGUAGUAAAAUCAAGAUUACAAAGUGCACCAUCUGAUAAAUAUCCAAAUGGUGCUCGAGAUGUUUUUCGUGAAUUAAUAAAAAAAGAAGGAUUUGGUGCACUUUAUAAAGGCACUGCAGCUAUCUUGAUUCGAGCUUUUCCUGCAAAUGCGGCAUGUUUUCUCGGUUAUGAAGUGGCAAUGAAGGGUCUGAAUUAUCUAUAUUAA